UGCUUUUUGUGUACACGAACCAACACGACAGCAGAAUAAAGAGAAGGUGAAAAAUCGAAGUUGUGAGGACUUUGGAGUUUAUCUGCGAUUAUAUUUCCUGUUGAGAUUUCGAUAAGACUUACUAACCGUGCUCUGUGCGCUAGCUUUUUUUUAAUGUGCUGAUUUAGCAUUUCCGGCACAAGCCAGCAUGAAAUCUGCAACUCCGGUGGCGGUCUGGACUGCCCUGUUCUUUUUGUUUACAAAAUGCAUCGAUGGUCGGAGGCAUCACCUGGAAGUGCAGGAUGACGUUCGUCGAUACAUACCUUUGAGUACGUUUGGAUUCUAUUCGGGGGGAAUAUUGGAAGUAAAAGUUUCCGGAUUUCGAGUGGUACCUGGAUCGGAGGAUAAUGUCUUUGGGCUUUCACUGGACAGAACACUAUCGGAUGCAAUGAAUCCGUAUCUGGACACCCAUCAAGAGAAUUGCAUUUUGCGAGAACCGAUUAGCUCGCUGCGAAGUGGGCCAAUUGUUUUUUUCGUUAUGGAUAUCAAACAUGAAGUGGUUCACUUGAAUUGCUCCAACGAGUGGCAAAACGCUCACAUCUACAAGGAUCGCAAAGCGAUCCCAGCGCUUCGUUUGAAGCGUCAAUCUUUCGCUAAGGUCAGCGACUCCAAGUCAAUGUAUAUGCAGCGACGGAAACGGGAAGCAAUAGAUCAAGCCGCAGCUUUGCAAACAUCAGUUUGUCACAACAGUUUUCUGACACUCAACUGUGAGAAGAAAGAUAACUUCAAAUAUUGCUGGUUUAAUUUCGCCGUUUACGUGGCCAGUAAAGCCGAGGAAGGUCUGUACAAUUUGUACUUCCACAGCUGCCCGAAUUACGACCUGAAUAACCUGUACCCGCUGGAGUUUUUUGUCACCAUUGAGGAGAAUAAUAGCGGGAACUUUUUGUCUGCCGGGGAAAUGCCGCUGCCAGCGUUGUACUUUAUGAUGUCCCUGCUGUUCUUCCUUUCGGGACUGUUUUGGGUGUUUAUUUUAAGGAAGAGCAAGCAUCCGGUGUUCAAGAUUCACUAUCUGAUGGCAGUGCUGGUGUUUUUGAAAUCGCUUUCCCUCAUGUUUCACGCCAUCAAUUAUCACUUUAUCGAAACGAAGGGAGAGCACGUGGAAGCUUGGGCUAUUCUGUAUUAUGUGACGCAUCUAUUAAAGGGAGCGGUUCUGUUCAUUACGAUCGUACUCAUCGGUACGGGAUGGACCUUCAUCAAACACAUUCUUGCGGAUAAGGACAAGAAACUGUUCAUGAUUGUGAUUCCACUGCAGGUGUUAGCCAACGUGGCGGAGAUUAUUAUAGCCGAGAGUGAAGAAGGUGACAAGGAGCACAGUACAUGGCGAGACAUAUUCAUCCUGGUGGACUUGCUGUGCUGCGGUGCGAUUCUGUUCCCCGUUGUGUGGUCCAUCAGGCAUCUUCAGGAGGCGGCAGGAACUGAUGGAAAAGCGGCAAUCAAUUUGCGAAAAUUGAAGCUGUUCCGACAGUUUUAUAUUAUGAUAGUUUGCUACAUCUACUUCACGCGAAUCAUUGUUUAUUUACUGAAGAUCACGGUCGCAUUCCAGUACGCCUGGUUGGAUGAGAUGUUCAAAGAGAUGGCGACGUACGUAUUUUUUGUCCUAACUGGGUACAAAUUCCGACCGGUGUCACAAAACCCGUACUUUUCGGUACAUGACGAAGAGGACGACGACGAUGAUGAAGUUGAAAUUCUCACUCAAACGGGUCUAACCGAGGGCAUAAGCAAAGUGACGAAUCGCUCGCAGCCACCGGCCACGAUGGUCCAUGAAUCGAACGAAGACGAGCGGGAAAAUUUAAUCAGUAAACGCGAAUCGUCUCACGAAUAUGAUUAGGUUAUAGAACUCCAAUUAGUUUUACUGCUACUACUAGAACAACUAUUACCAUUAACGUGAUAGUCCACGAGGCAAUAGCUGACUGAGAAGGACUGCGCUAAUUCUUGUUUCUACAUGAACUUUUGAGAGUACCUUAAAAAUAAAACCAGUACACUGAAAUUUGCGUUUAACCGUCAUGAGAAGUGGUAGGACAUGACGCUUCUUCGUCUGUGAUCUUGUCAGUCAGUAUGUAUGCGUUUGUGUUUGCGCUAAUCAUAUCCUUGGAUAUUUUUUAAUGUGUGCUUUGCGUUAUUUCGGGAUUUGUAGCAGCUAGCUACUUUGCCCAAGUAAAUGAUGAAAUAAUGUCUGGAAAAUAUUACAUUUUGAAUUAUCCCCGAAACCAGAAUUCAAUUAAACUUAACUUCCGUCAAAUUUUUCUGUGGAGAUAGCCUCCUUUAUUUACUCGUAAUAAAUAACAAAACUAAUUAAAGUAUAAAUAGCCCGCAGACCAAACAUUAAGCGUAGUUCGGACAAAUUUUGGAUGAAAUAUUGCCCAUGUAUAGCCCAAGAUAAACACGUAGAUGUAAGGAUUUAAUGCUUAUUAUUAAAGGUAUACUGGGAAAAGUAAAAACCAACAAAUUGAAUUGAAAAUACGCUCCUUCUAGGAUUUAGAUAGUGCGUGCUGCUCGCCGUAUCUCGAAAAGGCCAUUUUCGAUCACGGCGAGAGCUGUUGGAAGCUGAUCAUAUUUUGCGUAUGUGUAUAUAAAUUAUUACAUUUCACUAGUAACGUA